AUGGCCGAGAACAACGCCGCCGCCGCCGACGACUUCGUCCUGCUGAUGUGCUUCGACGGCGAGGAGUUUCGCGUGCUGUCCGCGCUUGCGAGGCGUUCAGGGGUUGUCGCGGCACGCAUGGAUGCCGGCCACCACGCGGCAGCAGGAGCUGUGCCGGUGCCCGGUGGCAUCGCUGGCCGGGUCCUCGCAGCGGUGAUCGCGUACUGGAUCGGCCGCCAUGCCGUCAGCGCUGAUGGGGAUCUUGGCAGGUACGACGAGGAGCAUGUCGCCGGGCUGAGCCACGACGUGCGCGUCGACAUCAUCAACGCGGCGUUCCACCUGAGCGAGCACGGGCUCUUUGAGCUCUUUUGGGUCGUAUCGUGA